AUGGCUUUCAUGGUGAAACACAUGAUAGGUGGGCAGCUGAAGGAUCUCAAAGGAACUGUUGCAGAGGCGAAGCCCGAAGGAGGAGCAGGAGGAGAAGCCGCGGCAGCAGGCAUGACCCAGGAGGAGUUUGAAGAGUACCAGCAACAACUGGCAGAGGAGAAGAUGGAGAGAGAUGCCAGUUUUGCACAGAAGAAGGCGGAGAGAGCCACCAUCAGAACACACUUCAGGGAGAAAUACAGACUGCCUAAGAGUGAGCUGGACGCCGAGCAGAUCAACCAGGCGGCUGACGACGUGGAGCUGCCGACCGAGCUGGCCAAGAUGAUCGCCGAGGACAACCAGGAGGAGGAGAGCAAGCAGUCGGUGCUGGGCCAGCUCAGCAGCCUGCAGAACAUGGACCUGGACCAGCUGAAGGACAAAGCCCAGGCCACCGUGGAGGACCUCAAGAAGACCGCCGACAAGUGCCAGCUCAUGUGA